AUGUCGUCGGCUCCGACCGCCUACAAAAAGCGCAACGGCACUCUGUCUGUCAGCGCAGACAGGACGUCGCUUUUCUGGACUCCCUCUGAGCCGCCAUCUUCUCCGCCCUCACUGACCAUCGCCAUCAAGGAUAUCACAAGUCAGUCUAGCUUGGUCUUAUCAAAUCUACCCAAGAGUGCUGACCAGGUAUUCCANGAUCUCCAGCAGACUCCCGCAGGCAACCCAAAGGUCGCCUUGAAAGUCGUCGUUCAGCCAGCAGGAGCUACUGCGCCAGAGAAUCAUGUCUUCUCCUUUACCUCUGCCGCCGCACGAUCCGAACAAGAAGCGAUUACCGACAUCUUACGGAACGCCAUCGCCGCCAUAAAAGCCGCCGAGCCAACGAAACCUGCACCAACACCCGCAACAGCACAAGAUGCAUCUGCUCCUUCAGCAGCCAUGGCCAUGGCACAGGCUGUCUCCUCCACAGUCAAGACCAAUGAGAGCUGGUAUGAUGAUGCCCAUCUCAGCACCGAUAUCGAGCUGCAGAGAUCACUACUGGAAGCAAAUCCAGCACUGCGACAACGAUUCAAUGAAAGUUUGAGGGACAGACCAGAAACCAUAACCAUCACCCAGUUCUCCACACAGUUCUGGUCUACACGGUUACAUCUUCUGCGUGCUCAUGCUAUUGAGAAGGCUCAGAACCAGGGCGACUACAAUGUGUUACCCGAGAUCAAGUUCACACGAGUCGCGGCCGAGAAGGAAGGUGAAGCUGACUCUUUGACGCUUCGUCUGGCAGGCCCUCAGAUCAAAUUGAUCUUCAAGCAAUAUCCUAUUGUCAGACAAGCUUACAACGAGAACGUUCCUCCGACAGAUAGCAACACAUUCUGGUCUCGAUUCUUCAUGAGCAGGCUGCUAAAGAAGUUGAAAGGCGAGAAGAUCACAGAUGCAGAUCCACCAGAUCCCAUGUUUGACAAGUAUUUGAGUUACCAAGAAAAGGGACCAUCAAAUAUCGGCCAUGUUCCGCACUUCAUUGAUCUCGAGGGCAACGAACAGAACCACAGCCAACGUCAAGGUAACCGACCGGACGAAACCAUGCGGCCUGAAAAAGUGCCAAUCCUGAGAAUUCUCAACAACUUGUCUGAAAAGAUGAUGGCACAAGUGGCGCCGACAGACGGAGAAGCUCAUGCACCCAUCGGUAUGAGUGAGGAUGCGUUCAAUGAGCUACGGCUUCGAGAUCUUCAAACUGAGGCAGGAGACAAUCGUGUUGUCCUGAACAUCAAAGACCAGCAACGUUUGCUGGGUGGUAAACAACAGAAUGGACUAUCGUCGGAAGCACAACUCUAUGCCAAACAAUCGCCCGAGAAGGUGCUUGAGCUAUUGCACACAGAGAUGGCUUCUGCCAAUAAUAUCAGCCUCAGCAAAGUGGUUGGUAUUCAGUCUGACAGCGAUGACUCGGACGACGAGACUCGACCAAGCAAGAGAGUGCGAAUAGGAAGCAAAGCCGCACUUGCACAGUCAACUCAAGGAAUGUUGGCUUCUAUCAGCAGACGUAGGUUGGCAGCAUCGGCCGAUGUAACAUCACGGAGGGGUCUAUCGGAGCCCACGUUCGAUACGCUGAACCUUACACACAACACGACAGUGGAGUUCCUUCACUACUUCUGGACUCUGUUCCUGUCUGGCGAUGGAUCAAGGAGCAACGAGCUAGCAAAGCUGGUAGAAACUCUGGAUCGCUCAGUGGAUCGUAUCAAAAUGGUGGCAGACCAGGCAGAGAAGGAAAAGUUGCAAGAAGCGGACAAUCUGCAAAAGCAGAUAUCAACACUAAAUCCCAAAUCAACAAAGCGACGACGGAUCGAGAUGGAGUUGGAGAGACUAGGCGGAGGAAAACAGGCGGUGGAGGAAAUGGUUCAGCCUACGAUCAAAGCACUGGCCGAGGCUACGGCACAAUACCGCAAGGCAUUUGAGGAACAAAGUGCACAAGCGGUGGCCUAA